AGCAUGCGGCGGGAGGGGUCCGAAUGGGAGUUUGUGGCUGAGGCGGCAGAGCGGCUUGGGUGUUCGGUGUGACAGGAUGCGGGCGCGGCCGUGCUGAGGGGGCGCAGCGCUGCUUUAACGUGAUGUUAUCAAGGAAAAAAAGUAAAAACGAAGCGUCCAAGCCGCCCGAGGUCCAGGGGAAAUACGUCAAAAAGGAGACGUCUCCACUCCUAAGGAAUUUAAUGUCUUCAUUUAUUCGCCAUGGGCCAACAAUUCCAAGGCGGACUGAUGUUUUAGUGGUGCCGGGAACGUCUGCAUAUCCUUCAGUUGAUGUGGUUUCGCGAAACCAAAGCUUCCUGCGAGGUCCUGUCCAAAGACCAACUCGUGAAAUCAUUAGACGUGAAAGUAACAGACCUUCAGGACAUUUAUACAUCCCACGUAAUAUAUCAGAACUCCCUCGAGAAUAUGGUGUCUCAUCACAGUCUUUUUUAGCUGAAGUUAAUUCUGAAAAUGGUGAUGCUGGUCAGUCUGCUGCUCGUUAUUAUUAUCCUGAACCAUAUUAUGAAGAUGGACAAAGGCGGCGACAUGUAGUUGAGCGAUUCCGGGAUGAUUAUAGAUAUUAUGAUCAUACACCUGAUCCUUUUCCACGGUUACCACAAGGGCAAGGUAGACUUCCAGCUGGCAUGGGAAGAAUUCCUUCAACAUCCUUGGGGAACCUAACAAAUCACACUACUGAUGAAUUGCCUCUUCCUCUUGGCUGGUCAGUUGACUGGACGAUUCGAGGAAGGAAAUAUUAUAUAGAUCACAAUACUAACACAACUCAUUGGAGCCAUCCAUUUGAAAGAGAAGGAUUGCCACCUGGCUGGGAACGAGUGGAAUCACCUGAAUUUGGUGUUUAUUAUGUGGAUCAUAUCAACAAGCGAGCCCAAUAUAGGCAUCCAUGUGCGCCCAGUGUUCCUCGGUACGACCAACCUCCACCUCUUCUUCCUCCUGUUACAUACCAACCACAACAAACUGAUCGCAAUCAGCUGGUUCCUGCAAAUCCCUACCAUACAGCAGAAAUUCCAGAUUGGCUGAAAGUCUAUGCCAGGGCUCCAGUAAAGUACGAUCACAUUCUGAAAUGGGAACUCUUCCAGUUAGCAGACUUGGACACUUACCAAGGAUUGCUGAAACUGCUGUUUAUGAAGGAAUUGGAAAGGAUUGUGAAAUCAUAUGAGGCAUAUAGACAAGCCCUUUUAACAGAGCUUGAAAAUCGAAAGCAAAGGCAACAGUGGUAUGCACAACAUCAUGGCAAGAGCUUUCCAGCAAAUGUCUGACAGUGGAAGUAUGUAAAUAAUAAAAUUUUAUUUUAACUCCUAAAACUUCCAUAUUUGUUAUGAAGAAAUAUCAGUUUUGGAAAUGAUUGCAUCUAAAUUUCAACAAUUUGACCAGUUAAACAAAACUGUAUAAAUUGUUUUUGUAUAUGUUGGUUUAUCUCUUUCCGGGUUUUUGUACCUUGAUGUGAAAGUGCGGUAAUUUGCUCCAGCAGCAACACUUACAUCAAGGUCCGCCUGCAUAGCUUUAAGUACGGAUUGUUGAGGGUUUCAUGAAAUAAGCUAAAGCAUCCAACACUAACUUCAGAAGAGAACAGCAAUAUGUUUACAAAUGAAGCCAAACACAAUGGUUUUAUCUUGAACAGUGAAAGCAAUGGUUGAUAUUAUGGCAUUGUGACAUACCAAUGGUAAUAAUCAUAAUGAUGCAUUUAAAGUUAUAAAUGAAACUAGUUUGGCAUUACACUGCUCUUUUCCCCUUUUUGUUUUAUUACUUUAGCUCCACAUGUUGCAUUCAUGAGAACAUUUUGUUGUCUGGGUGUAAUGUGACACUUUUAUUUGGCUUGCUUGGCAAGCAUUUUAUUUUAUUUAACUGAUUAGGCACAUGUUAUUUUGGAAAUCUCUUGCAAUUAAAUCAGGGAUACAUUAAAGCUUAUUUGAACUCUUUUUACUUAUGAAAGGAUGUAUUUUGUACAAAUUAUAAUGUUUUGUACAGUUAUGAUCUUUAGCAAGAAUAUUUUCAUAGAUGCCAGGCUUUUUAUAAAACAUUGAAAUUUCACUCUGUGAAUUCAGCAAUUCAGCAGUAUAAAGAUUGGUAUUUAUUAAUUACUCUAGUGCAAUAAUAUGUAUAAACUUGCAUAAAUUUCCAAUAAACUUUUUAUGUGAUUCAA